UCAAGCGCCCAAGGAAAUGGAUCAAACGUCAUUUUAUUAAGAAAUGCAUCCCGAAUUCGGCACUCGAAAAAUCGCAGCGUGGUCACAGUUCCUACGUUACCUCAUCACAACUCAACCUUUGGGAAAACGCGGGAAUCAAGCGGCGCUCACCAUUCCUGAGAAUGUCUUUCUCGGCGUCACGUUCCAAUCCACGUGUCAGAAAGUUCUAAAAACCUAUACCAGGAUUGGCCGCCUUUCGGUGACUGUCGUUUCUGAUUGGCUUAAAUUAUUGUGUCCCUCCUGAAUACGGCUACAUUGGCGCCAAUAAUCAUUGGCCGACUCACCGUAAUGCAGGCUUUGGAUUGGUUGCUGUGAGGCCGGACUUCUAAUUAGGUUCUGCUCUGACUAUAUCAGCCGAGCUGCUGGAGUUGGAGAUGGUGGGAUCGGUACCGGUUGGAUCUCGGCCGCGGCCGCUGCUGCUUCUCGGUCCUCCCGGCUCGGGUCGUUCCACACUCUUGUUCCGCGCAGCACUAGCAGGUGCUUCCAUUGUCUCCUCGCCUCGCGUGUUGUUUUUGGCACCGCGGGCCCUGGAGCGGCUUCCGGGCGGGAAAGCAGCCGGAGGAGGAGCGAUCCAGAAAAUCCAUUUCCUGUACCCGUCUUCCUUCCAGGAGCUAGUUCAACUGGUGGCUUCCCUGCACCAAACCUUACCUAAUAGCCCCUCCAUGAUUGUGUUGGAUGGUUUGGAAGAGUACCUGAACAGUUGUUCCAGUGCCUGUACAGCAGCCCAGCUUGUAGCCCUGUUGCUGGACACAUCUAGUCACUUCACUCAGAAACGUAGCCAUCUGUCUGUGGGUUGCCAACUGAUUGUUUCCAUGAGGUUUCUGGGAGAAUCUGGAGAAGAAAUAGAACAUUUCUCAGCCAUUGAACGCUACUUCCCAGCAAAAUUGUGGCUACAUCCAAACAUUGGGAAAGAUGAUGGUUUACAUAACCAAGGUUUAACCAAGCUGAUUAGGGCACAACUCUUCCAGCCAGGGACAAAGGAUCAAGAAUGGAUAGUGAAAUUUGAUGCACAAGGUAGCAUGACAAUCUCUCCAUUGCCUUGCAAAAUUGAAACUGAGAAUGAAACAGUUUCUGAAAACAAGCUUUCUGUUUCUGAAGUUGAUACCAUUCUGUCUAACUCCCGGUCUUAAGGACUUCUGAACAAUCCUUUCAUCACACAUUUCAUUAAUACAGAAUGUGAUUGUUUUUUAAAAAAA